AUGGGAGGAGGACAUACAUUAAACAUUGAGGGAUUGGCUCAAUCAGCCAACGAAUUACCCAAGACACCAUACCCAGCAUGGGCUUUUUCAGCGUUGCUUCUCUAUAAAGGUGUCACGUCGCACAAGCCAAUUGCUAACUCCACUGGAACGUCUGGAGGAUCAGCCAAAUUUAGUCAAUGGCUAUCGGUUUCGAAGCCAUCAAGAUUAUCAUGCUUCACUUUUGGUGCUGCCCACUUGCUUGGGGGAUGGAUUAUCUACGAUGGGGAUCUUGCUAAUGGUGCAGGUUUCAACUUCGCAUGGUCAACGCUAUACUUGAUUGUCAACGGGACUGCAAGUGUCAAAAGUUUGGCUUUAGGAAGAUUGAACCCAAUUGGUUUAAGUGUAUUGGCACUUGGAAACGUUGGAAUGUACGGUAAGCAAUUCUUUUGGCAUUAA